AAAAAGACAAGUUUGCGCCUUGUAUCUGAGAGCAGAGCAGUAAUUAGGGUUAGGGUUUCGCGGGAGCAAACUAAUCGAAGCCAAAGAUGGGUCGGAAAGAUAAGCAGAGAGCGAAGAAAACGGAGCACGAAGAAGAAGAAGAACACGGAUCGCCGAUGGGUUCAACGCCGCCGUUGGUGUUCGAAGUAAGCAGCGAUGACGAAGAGGCUAACGAGGAUCUCAGCCUCGGGAUCGUCGAGAAGGCUCUGAUGAGGCGCAAGCUUCCGGCAAACGACGUCGUUUCCAACGGCGAUGAUGCUAUUAUCCUCGGUGCUUCAUCUUCGCGGCAGGACGAACUCGCGGUGGCUCGAAACGAAGGCGUAUUGAAUGAAGCGAGAGAAGUUGUGGAUGUUUCUGAUAGCGAGGAGUUGAAAAGUGAGAGGAAGAAGAAGAGUAAGAGUAAGAAGAAGAAGGUGAAGAAAGUGGAAUCUGAGGAACAUAAUGUUGUUACAGCUGAAGGACAAGUAACAAUAGAGACAGUAGAAACAACUAAACCAAUCAAAGAGGCAGAGAACGAUGAGCCUGCUGAAGAACCUGCCAUGGUUCAGAUGGGUGACAAUGCUGUUCUGAGAAAGCUUCUUCGGGGUCCGAGGUAUUUUGAUGCUCCAGAUAGUGGUGGUUGGGGAGCUUGCUAUAAUUGUGGCGAAGAAGGACAUGCUGCAGUCAACUGUACAGCAGCUAAGCGCAAGAAACCAUGCUAUGUAUGCGGCAGUUUGGAGCAUAAUGCUAAACAUUGCACCAUGGGACGCGAUUGCUAUAUUUGCAAGAAGGGUGGUCACCGUGCCAAAGACUGUCCAGAGAAGAACCUCAUUGGAUCUCAAAGCUUAAAAAUAUGCUUAAAGUGCGGAGAUUCUGGGCAUGAGAUGUUUUCAUGUAAAAAUGAUUAUUCACCAGAUGAUCUCAAGGAGGUGCAAUGCUACGUGUGCAAGAAAUUUGGCCACUUAUGUUGUGUCAAUACUGCCGAUUCUACACCGAGAGUAAUUUCUUGUUACCAAUGCGGUCAAUUGGGGCACACUGGUUUGGCAUGUGCAAGGUUGCGGACUGAGGCCGCAGAUGCAGCUACACCCAGUUCAUGUUAUAGGUGUGGUGAAGCAGGACAUUUUGCCCGAGAAUGCACGAGUUCUGUUAAGUUAGGGAAGAGGAGACGGGAAUCAUCUAAUACAAAAACUCCGAAGUUCCAAAAAGAGAAUGACUAUGUAGGACAUAGGUCUGCUCCUCAUGAUAUUGGUAAGUCCUGGAAAAAGAAAAAGCCUUUUACAGAAGAAAAAGGCUUAACAACACCCCGGAAACCAAAGCAUAGAGGUGGUUGGAUGACAGAACAUCCAGCAGAGUUCUCUCCUUCAAAGUCCAAAAGAAGCAGCUGGAGGUCUCCAGCAACACCACCUUAUAAAAGCUCUAAGGUUCAUUCAUUUAGAAAUGAAAGUUAUACUCCAAAGUCUAACUCGUCAAAGAUUAGGAAGUUUCACGAUCCGAGCCCUACACCGCGCAGAUCACCUCACAGCUAUCAAACUAGAUUCUCAGCAUCAAGGUUUGGCCACUCUAGUAGUGAUGGAUAUGGGAGAAGUUACAACUGGUGGUAGCUUUCCGGAAUUGUGGAUUAUGGCGCCUUCUGUAAUCUACUAAAUAGCAUAGCAAUCUUCGAGUUUUUUAUUUUAUUUUUUUAAAUUAAAUUUGUUCUUUUCACCCCUACCUAUUUGAUCAUUCCUUCUCUUUUUAGUGCGAUAAAUCUUUUGAUAUCAUCUUGGUUUGGGGUGGGGGGUUUGAGGAACAGUCCCUCUAAAACUUGAUGUUUGUUCUCAUCAAAUUUAUUCAAAUGAAUGUUACAUUAAA